UCCUUUCAAUGUUUCUUUAACAAAACUGUUUUCUUUUAAUCUUCUUCUAUGGAUACGUAGAAUCGUAUGAUACCUAAGUUGAAAAGAGACAGAAGAAGGAAAAAGGAAGAAGUAGAAGAGAGAGAGACAAAGAGAGAGACAGAGAGAGAGACAGAGAGAGAGACAGAGAGAGAGAGAGAGAGAGAGAAAAGAUCGUUUCGAAACGCGUUCUCGUUACAACUCUGUGUACCUUCAUCUUUAUCCAGACAUUGAAUAACGUCUAUCGUCGAAGGAUCGAUUUUCUAACGGAAUGAAAAAGACUGAAGUCUGUCUACCCCAUUAACACCCAACGUUACACAUACAUAAGAUGAGGGUGAAGACCGUGCCGAGACAUAUGAUCUUACAAAAUGACUUAAGUGCCACGUCGAGCUCCGAAAAUGCGAAUUCCAUGAAUUCAAUAGAAAAUAAUCGUGAGGAGAAUGUAAUUUCGAGCGAUUCUCUGAGAAUGAAAGACGUGUCAGAAUUGAGAGAGGUAUCAUGUUUGACAGCUGGCAAAUAUAUUACAUCGAACGAAACGUUCUUCGUUGACGCGGUAGCUGGACCUUCUACCUGUCAAUGUUUCAAAUGGUACACCAUAGAAAAAACGAAGCAAUUCCCAAUCGUAGAUGAGAAGAACGAUUUGGAAGUAAUAGAUUUAUCUAUUCGCAAUUGUAACCUUCAAUCCGUUGGGAAUGUUAAAGUUAAUGAAAACGAGGAGAUGGAUGGUUUUGAAAAUCCUGAUGAUCCCUCCUCGUAUUCAUCGUCAAUCGAUCCGGAUGAUAAAUUAAAGGAUACCUUCCUUUAUAAGAUCAUGACUGAUCCAACAUUUUUAGAGAAUAUUCAAAAGAACAAGCAACAACAACAACAACAACAGCGACAACAACAACAGCAACAGCAGCAAUUGAUGCAAUUACAGCAACAACAACAACAACAACAACAACAACAACAACAUUAUCGAGAGGAACAGCAACAAGUGCAACAGCAACAACAAUAUCCGCAGCAAUUGAAAAAACCUAUAUGCCCUUUUUGCCAUGACGAAUUCUCAAAUUAUUUUGAACUAAGCGAACACAUGGACGGUAAGAUGGACGAUACAAAUCAAAUCGUUUGUUGCGUAUGCAAAAAGAGUUUCGCACGUAAGAGGUAUCUACGUUAUCAUCAGAAAUGCCAUUUGGAAAGGACCAAGUUCACGUGCGACAUUUGUACGAAAAAAUAUACAAGGUUAGACAAUCUAACGCGACACAAUACUUUCCACGUUAAUCCUGAUAAAUUUCCGUGCACGUCAUGCGAGAAAACGUUUGCACGAAAGGAUCUUCUUAAUAAGCAUUUAAAGUGUCACGAGAACAGGCAUCGUUAUUAUUGCGAGGAUUGUGAUAAAUAUUUUAAGGGUCAAGUGACCUUGGAUAAUCACAGAAAAUUUCAUCACGCCGAGAUUGAGAAAUUAUAAAAGAAAAAGGAAAAAAAGAAGAAGAAAAAAAAAAAGAUAAACAAUGGAAACACACGUACACACGAACAAAAA